CGGCGGACGCGUGAGCCCGCGUUCCGGGGUUCCGCAUCGAAGCAGCGGUUAGUCUCAGGGCGGUGCGGGUCAGGCCUACUCUGUUCGGGCCUCGUGUUCCCUGCCUGCAGCCCUGCCGCCUCGGCGGCGCCUCUGGCGCAGCCAUGGUGGUGCUGCACGUGAAGAGAGGCGACGAGAGCCAGUUCUUGCUGCAGGCGCCCGGGAGCACCGAGCUGGAAGAGCUCACGGCUCAGGUGACCCGCGUCUACAACGGGCGGCUGAAGGUGCACCGGCUCUGCACAGAGAUAGAAGAGCUGGCAGAGCAUGGGGUGUUCCUCCCCCCUAACAUGCAAGGACUGACUGACGAGCAGAUUGAAGAGCUGAAACUAAAGGACGAGUGGGGGGAGAAGUGUGUGCCCAGCGGGGGGUCUGUUUUUACGAAGGACGACAUUGGACGGAGGAACGGGCACGCUCCAAAUGAGAAAAUGAAGCAGGUUUUAAAGAAGACGGUAGAAGAAGCCAAAGCGAUAGUGUCUAAGAAACAAGUGGAAGCUGGAGUCUUUGUUACCAUGGAGAUGGUGAAAGAUGCCUUGGACCAGCUUCGAGGUGCAGUAAUGAUUGUUUACCCCAUGGGGCUGCCGCCAUACGAUCCUAUCCGGAUGGAGUUUGAAAAUAAAGAAGAUCUGUCAGGAACUCAGGCAGCGCUCGAAGUCAUUCAGGAGUCGGAGGCACAGCUGUGGUGGGCUGCCAAGGAGCUGCGAAGAACAAAGAAGCUUUCUGACUAUGUGGGGAAAAAUGAGAAAACCAAAAUCAUUGUCAAGAUUCAGCAGGUGAGCGCCUCUGCUUCACGUGUCCUCAGUACUGUGUGUGUCCUCUGACCCCGUGUGGACUUUGCCUUGUUCACCCCAAUUUAAAGUAGAAAUUUCCUUUCUAUGUUGUUUCAACCUAAAGUCAGGUCUACGCACAGAAAUGUCCUCAUACUGAGAAUGCAGCCCACACUGGUUUAAGGCUUUUCAGGCUGCUGCUGUUUGAUGGGGGGUGAGGGAAGCCAUUCAUCCAAGGGCACAUUCCUGAACCACUAAUUUGAGGAACAAGGCCUGAAGAUUUCUGUCUUCUGAGUUAUGGCUCUGAGUGUCGUCCUGUCUGCACUGCACCAUGACAGAGAUGGCAUCCACUAGGAGCCCAGAGCCCAGAACCCAGCAGGGCUCAUUCCCAUGACCCCACUUUGGCUUAGCAUCUGCCAUCUUAGCUGUGAGCAGAGGCAGCUGCAGAAUAACCCUGCUGC